AUUCCAGCGCAGGGAGCAAGGGGCACACUUUUUCGUGCUCUUCCGCACCUCUAGCUAAGCCAGCCGCUUCAAAGCACCCAGAAAUGCGAGGCAGGUUACGGAUCGGUUGCCGAUACCAAUGGCGAGGCGGUAGACCACGCCAAGCACCUGCCAGGACUUCGUCCUGCGCGAGUGAACCUGGCACGCCGCCGAGGGAUGCGCGCGUGCCAUUAGGCACUGUGGAUCGCUGGACGCAGUGUCAGACUGGCAUGACACACAGCGCGGGAGUCUCUUCCGUGAAUUACCAUCCAAUCUGUGUAGUGAGCCUGUCCUCCCCCGUCGCUUCGCGGCAUGGAAGGGGGAAGAUGCGCCGCCAGAUAUGUCCACAUCCGCUGCCGCGGGACCGUUCCCUAGAGUCUCGGGGAGCAGCAGAUGUGGAUAUCUGCCUGCCCACGCGGGCGCGCAGGUGUCCACACCCACAGCUCCCCGAGAUCACAAGCCACGACCCCGCGCAAAUGGACACGGACAGAUCAUGGCGGUGCAGACGAGGCCCGUGCGCGCGGAGGCACGGCACCUGGACGCCGGCGGCGAUCGGAGGGGCGAGGGCGGAGGCCGCGGGCAAGCCCUGCCGACCAGGGCCCGCAAGCGCCAAUCCGGCCGAGACCCGUGCGCCCCCCCCCCAACAAAAAAAACGCCCAGUGCGCACUUCACUUCACGGAGCUCUGAGGCCUACCGCAGCCCUACCGAGCUGUCCGCUCACAGCGGACGGCAGCCAGGGCGGCAGCUGGCACUGCCGAAAAACGGGCUCUGGGUAGAGUGGAGCUUGCUUGCGCGACGCUGGUCUACCAUCUCCAGCCUCGGAGACCGGCAAAGGAGGGGGAGACGGGAGGGGGGGCUCCGCUAGCGGCGCUUGUACGCCUCGUGGUCCGCGCAACCGUCGAUCACGUUGACCGCUAUGGCGCAGCUCCACCUGUCCUCGGCCUGGAUGUCCUCUGGGGCGUCUGCGUCCUCUGGCC